AAUGCUCUGAUUGCAACAGAUAAGUCAAAAGUGAGCUCGGACCCACGAGAACAUAUCAACUGAAGGCUGAGGCGGACCCGGUCCUGUUUCUUAGUUCGCUCUGGACGCAGCUGAUGAGGCUUUGGACACGAUUCGGAUCUGCAUAUGGAUUGUAUUUAAAAGGAAAUCCCCUCUUGGCUAAGACGGUUCGUGCGUAAAGUUUCUCUACCCUAAACAUAGGAUUUAAUACUGUGUGUCGAACUAUCAUUUGACCUGUGCUUCUGUCGCCUAUACGAUAUAAAAAAAGAAGAGUUUUAGUUGGUCAUUACGCAGCUCUCGGCUACUCAUGACGGCAGAGGUUCAGCAGCAGACCCCAGCGCAGACGCCUGCUCAGAGCAGUCCCAUGUCUGCCCAGGAGAAGCCCCACGGACAGACGGCGGUGAUGGAAACCGCCUCGUCCACCACGAAACCCAAGAAGACCAACGCGGGGAUCCGUCGCCCAGAGAAACCUCCGUACUCCUACAUAGCCCUGAUAGUCAUGGCUAUCCAGAGCUCUCCCACAAAACGACUGACGCUCAGCGAAAUAUACCAGUUCCUUCAGAGCCGCUUCCCGUUUUUCAGGGGCUCGUAUCAGGGAUGGAAGAACUCCGUGCGACACAAUUUGUCCCUGAAUGAAUGCUUCAUUAAACUACCCAAGGGCCUCGGGCGGCCCGGCAAGGGCCACUACUGGACUAUCGACCCGGCCAGUGAGUUCAUGUUCGAGGAGGGUUCGUUCAGAAGAAGGCCGAGGGGCUUCAGGCGCAAGUGCCAGGCUCUGAAACCCAUGUACAGCAUGAUGAACGGCCUGGGCUUCAACCACAUCCCCGAGUCCUACAACUUCCAGGGCGGCGGUGGAGGCCUCUCUUGCCCGCCAAACAGCCUGUCCCUGGACAGCGGGAUCGGGAUGAUGAACGGACAUUUGGCAGGUAACAUGGAGGGCAUGGGUCUGUCCGGACACUCCAUGUCCCACUUGUCAGCCAACAGCGGGCAUUCCUACAUGGGCAGCUGCACGGGAUCCACCGGGGGUGACUAUUCCCACCACGACAAUUCCGGAUCCCCGCUGCUUAACGGCGGGGGAGUGAUGGACCCCCACUCCGUGUACUCCAGCUCAGCCUCGGCCUGGGCGCCCAACCCCUCGGCCUCGCUCAAUAACGGAGGCUCUUACAUCAAGCAGCAGCCGUUGUCUCCGUGUAACCCCGGGACGAACCCGCUGCAGCCAAGCCUGCCAGCGCACUCCAUAGAGCAGCCUUAUCUCCACCAGAACGGCCACAGUACGGAUCUACAAGGUAUUCCUCGGUACCAUUCCCAGUCCCCCAGCAUGUGUGACCGAAAGGAGUUCGUGUUCUCGUUCAACGCCAUGACGUCCUCAGCCAUGCACUCUCCGAGCAGCGGCUCCUACUACCACCACCAGCAGGUCUCCUACCAGGACAUCAAGCCCUGCGUCAUGUAACGGGACAGCGGCCAUUCCGCGGACCAUAAUUGAUUUUAAAGCCAAGGCAGACUUAACCAGCAGCAGGAAUUGAAGUGGAAAAAGACAAUUCUCUGAGAAAAAAAAUACCAAAAAACACGCCCCCUCCCUCCCCACGUCCAUGAAAACGCACACUGUGAUAAACAACUUGUGGAAAACGGACUGGACUACUUGUGUACUGUUUUCUGGACUCUCCUAUUCCCCACGUAGUUCAGAAAACAGACUGGCACUGCGCUAACACACACACACACACACACACACACACACACACACACACACACACACACACACACACACAAACACACACCCACACCCACACCCACACACACACACACACACACACACACACACACACACACACACACACACACACAUAAUGAUCCACCCGUCCGAUGGUAGAAAGUGGGUCCAGCUGCCGUUUGGUACUAGUUCUGCUGGCGGAUGAAUACCACUCUCCACGCGUCAGAUGUAUAGGAUCCUCCAAUCCAUGUAAAUGCACAUUUCCCUUUAUCUUUAGAAUAUGUACUUUUUUUAGGCCGACUGCAUUGAGUAUUUUGGAUUCAAAAGCAGCGUAAAAAAAAAGAAAGUGCAAUGAACAGUUACUAACGGACAUCAUAUAUUGUGUAAAAAGAUGAAGGCACUUUUUAGAAUAUAACCUAUUAGCGCAACGUUUUAUUUAUUUUCUACGCCUAUAUAUUCUAACUUUAGGCGAGUUGACCAAGAAUAUAUGCUUUAUUGGCAAUAUUUGUCAGAACGCUUACUUAUUUGUUUUAAAAUGAAAAUCAAAGAAAUAAUGUAAGCACUGUUACGUUGUCUUUGUUGUAUGUAGACGGCCGUUUUUUUCAGCACUGUAAGUAUAUGUUAGGAUCAUUAAUAUUAGAGGGUCUUUAGGACAGGCUAUGCAAAAACACACUAUGAAGGUAAGGAUUUGUGGUAUGCAGUUUAGUCUACAGAGUAAAACUCAAUCUUCACAUUAUCCGACUGAUUCCUGUCUCUCAACUAUGGGCUCAUGAGAUGAUGAAACCCAAAGACUCAGGUCUGUGUUUUUGGCGGUGACACAGAAGGAAAAUAAAAACGCCAAUACACAUUGUAGCGACUGUGCUUUUACACUAUUGGCACAUGGCUGGCCCUGCCUAUUGAUGCAAAUAGACCUAACAUUACAAUUUGAUUUAAAACCCAUAUUAAUAAUUAUAAUUCAUUGAUGUAGACAUGAAAUAAAAAUGUGUAAAACUCAAAUACAGUCUCCGUUUCUAAUUAGAAUGUAUUUUCCAAUUCAACAAUUCGUCAACAAUUCAAAGGCCUUGUCCAUGUGGGGCGCAUAUUCAUGAACAGUCAGCAACGAUUAUUUUGUAUAUAGCCGUUGCCUAUAUUUAUUCAAUAUUUUUCUUUCCAUCUUCAUAAUCCUGCAAAUGUUUAGGCCUAUACGUCUCCAAGGCAAAGAUAUAGAAACUAGUGGGAUCAAAUAUAUUUAACACAGCCUAAUGCAAUACCAAUGAAACUUUCGAAACACAUUUAUUUAAAAAAAAAAGUGAUCUCAUGUAUGGAGGUGCAUGAAAGUUAAAUAAAUGAGCAAAUAGACAAGCCCUUACACAGAUAGUAUUCAUUAAAACCACGUCAACGAAAAGGCUACAGUGUACUGCUUAAUUUAAAACAGUUUUCUUCAUUUAUUUUCGAGGUCUUAAGUGUAAAUGUCAUCGGCAAGACCAUGUAUAUUAGGCGGCAAAAAGAUUACGCAUGCAUUUUACAUCACAUAUAAUUCCUUUAAAUGUAAUUUUCUGACUGAAAAGAUGAUCCUUUAACUAGAAUCGACAGGUGUGCCCUUGCAGGAACCCAGUAGGCAGAAAUGUAUUGCCUUUAUUUUACCACCAUACGAAUAAUUCACUGUCUUGGUCACAUUGUCCCACCGAGACGCGCCUAUAGCCUACUUAAUCAAUUCCCAUCUACCAAAAGUUUUCCGGAAAAAAGAAAUCCUUUAUCCAUGACAUGUUUUGCAUUGUGUGUUUAGCCUCAUUAUCUCCCAGCAUGACCACUGUCUGACCCCAGGAUCCAGAUCCCACUUGGAUGAAUAGUCCAGCGUGCACAGGUGGGCUAUAGCGUAAAGACGCGCUGAACAUGGGAGCGCGCAUUAACCAAAUGAUGACCAUUAGCUGAGGCGCAGGGCUCCUCUGGCCGCGGUCGAGGGGGUGAGAUUCCGGCUGCGGGGCACUCCAGCUGUUCCCCGGCCUGGCCUGGAUGACAGGUCCAUAAAAAGCCUGUGGGCUCUGCUCUUUGGAAGCAGACAGGCAAUGUUCUCAUCCUUCAGCGUGGGCCAGGCCUUACUGGGACAAGACAACGCAGCGGCAAGCAGGCAUGCAGAGCAGGCAGGGUACACACGCUGCAAUCUACGAAAUGUCAAGCGGCAGUGCAUAAACAGUGCAAUGAAAUCGUUUGGUUCGGGGGCUCAAUACGAGUGCUGUAAUCCAAUCUGAUUAGUUGGAAUUGUGAGCGGAUCUCCUCGUAGGCGGAUUCAAAGCAGAUCCAUU